GAGGAAGGAGUGAUGAAUCAGGAGGAGGAAGGAGGGAUGAAUCAGGAGGAAGGAGGGAUGAAUCAGGAGGAAGAAGGGACGAAGCAGGAGGAGGAAAAGGACCAUAUUGCGUAUUCAGGUCGGGGGUACACCCACUGGGAAACUUCCUCCAAAAAAUUGGUAUGCAACUACUUCGAGCAGUACCUGCUAAGAGAUACGAGAAAGAAGUUACCUGGUAUGUGUCGUGCUAUUCACAAAAGGGUAAGAGAGAGGUUCACCAGUUCUUGGCAGCAUAUCCUGAUUUCAAGAUUAGAAACUUCAAAGUCAUCAGAAGCAAGGUCAUGAAUGAAAAAUCAAAA